AUGGCGAGCAAACGGGUGAUCUUGUCGAGUUUGGCAGUCUUGGCCCUAGCGGCCGCCGCCGGCCACGGCGCCGUCGAGGCCGAGGAAGCCUCCGGCCGCAGCGCCGCCUUUGCAAGGCGAGCUAGCGGGACGCGGUUCACGCUCGGCGGGCGGCCCUUCUACUCGAAUUCGAACGGCUUCAACGCGUACUGGCUUAUGUACAUGGCGUCGGACCCGGCCGACCGGAGCAAUGCGGCGGCCGCGCUGGAGGAGGCGGCGGCGCCCGGCGUGUACGAUGAGGAGGUGUUCAGGGGACUGGACUAUGAAAUAGCCGAAGCAAAGAAGCGCGAGGUCCACUUGAUCCUGAGCCUGGUGAACAACUGGGACGGGUACGGCGGAAAGAAGCAGUACGUUCAGUGGGCACGGGACCAGGGGCACUACCUGAACGCUGACGACGACUUCUUCACGAACAGUGUGACCAAGGGCUUCUACAAGAACCAUGUCAAGGCGGUCCUCACCAGAGUGAACAAGCUAACCGGCGUGGCGUACAAGGACGACCCGACCACCUUCGCCUGGGAGCUCAUGAACGAGCCUCGCUGCCAGACCGACCUCUCCGGGAAGACCCUGCAGGCUUGGAUCGCGGAGAUGGCCGGCUACGCCAAGUCCGUGGACCCCAACCACAUGGUGGAGAUCGGGCUCGAAGGGUUCUACGGCGAGUCCACGCCCGACCGGAAACGGCAGCUCAACCCGGGCGGCUACGCCGUCGGCACCGACUUCGUCUCCAACAACCUCAUCCCCAGCGUCGACUUCGCCACAAACCACUCCUACCCGACCAAUGGUAAGUUGAACGCUCAUGGCGCGCCAAUGCAAUGGGUGCCCGGCGCGAGCAGCGACGCGCAGGCGGCGUUCAUGCGGCGGUGGAUGGCGUCGCACGCCGGCGACGCGGCGGAAGCCGAGCUGCUGGUGGCGGAGUUCGGCUGGUCCCCGCGGGACGCCUACUUCAGCAUGGUGUACGACGCGAUCUACGCGUCGGCGCGGUCGGGAGGGCCGCUCACGGGGGGUCUCUUCUGGCAGGUGAUGGAGACCGGGAUGGAGGGCUGGACCGACGGCUACGACGUCGUGCUCGGGCGCUGCCCGUCCACGGCCGCCGUCGUCAGCCGCGAGUGCGCCCGGAUCACCAGCCUCAACCAGGUGUCCUAG